UUCAACAAGACACAAGACUGAACCGGAAGUUCUAGGAAGUCCUCUAGAUGUCCUCUCCUCCCGACGGGGGACACUUUGACUAUGCAGAUGGCACUAGCCCGUCCGAGAUUAAUGACGUCCUCGCACAGGGGUCAUUCUCAAUGUCACGAACUCGUCGGGAUUCUCAAGUAGGCUCUAGUUAUGGAGCAGAGGAUAGCGAACAUACAAGUACUGCGAUAUUUGAUGGCUAUGGCGCCGGCGCUAUUCCUAGUAGUGUCACCUCUAUGCACCAUGACCGAGUCAUAACGUGGACCCGAGAUAGGCGUACAAGCACUUCGAGCAGGAAUAAGUACUAUUCCUCCAGACGCCCCAGCGUCAGUCGAGAGGGGGGUUCAGCUUCAUUUACUGGGCGCCGGAAGGAUUCGCAGGACAGUGCUGCGGAUGAAUUUCUCGACGAUGAGAGGAGCACCUCUGAUGAUGAGCACACAGCCAGCCAUGAUGGACAUCGAUCCAUACACUCUCAUGCCUCAAGGUCGACCAGGCAACCCAAACUGCAACGCGAGCAAUCAUAUCCUGCGUCAACUUCACAAAGCUCCACCAUGUUUUGGAGUCUGGCUGGCAUGUUUUCCCGAGGCUCCAUUCAUGCUCCCCAAGAACCACUCGAAAGUCGGUCCAUUUCUGGAUCGCGCCGCUCCUCUCUUGCCUCAAGCGCCUCCAGGAAGAAGGGUGUGGAGCAUCGCCAUGAUUCUUCUCCUGAAUCCGACUCCGACAAUGAUGACGGUACAGAGCGGUGGGGUUAUUCGUCGGGAGAAGAUGUGGAUGAGGACGAAGAGGACCGGUAUGCAAGUGAAGUAUCUGUGACAUCAAGCAGGAUCGAGGAGGAUUCGCUGUAUGCCAGAAGCAAUUUUUCUCGGCCUCCAUCUCCAACCUCGUCACUGCCUAUCAUCAGGGGUGGCCCUGGUCCGUUUUUCGGAGAGACACGCGUCGAUAUGGGCGAAGACUUUGAUAGCUUCCAUCACUUCGAGGCCGAUUCACUUGCCUCUGGGCCUCCAUGUCGACAAACCAUCUACAUUGAGGAUGACGACAUGACUGUUCUGUUUAUUGGGCGAGAGAUCAUACAAUGGAAGUCUUGGCUCUGGACUGUCGGUUGCUUUGCUACUUUGGGCGCUCUUGGUCUUAUUGGAUUUUGGAACAACUCCGUUUGGAUUCGAUGGGCGACCAGAGAUAAGUCAUUUGAAUUUCUCGGCGACGAUUCGGAUGGUGUCAUUGUUAUAGAGACACCGUAUAGAGACGUAUUCAUUGAGAAGCUCCACAAACCUAAUUUUCCAUUGCCAUUAGAGGCUAUUUUCCCUCCUUCAAGAACUAGUUCAGCAUCCCGCAGUCGCGGUAGUAACACUUCAGGGCCCUCUGCGCCUCCAUCGGUUCACCCGCCUCUGUCCGUCAAUGGAUCCUGGACCAAUGGGGAUGCACACCGGCCUUCCAACCAACCAAACAGGCUGCGGUUGGUGGAAUUUCGACAUCUGCGUUUCGUACUGGAUCACUCCACGGGACUCUUUCGGAUGCUGAGGAACUGGCGUGAUCCCGAUGCCACCUCGACGACAGCAGUCAGGGCGGGACUCCCUGCCAAAACUCGCCUUCAGCGUUCACUACUUUUCGGUCCAAACAUCAUUGACCUUGAGGGAAAGUCAACGUUCAAGCUCCUCAUAGAAGAGGCCCUAAAUCCAUUCUAUGUGUUCCAAGCAAUAAGCAUCGUCUUGUGGUGCCUCGAUGACUAUUAUUACUAUGCGUUUUGUAUCGCUCUUAUUUCAUGUUUCAGCAUCAUUACAACACUGGUCGAAACGAAGAAGACAGUGGAGCGUAUGCGCGAGUUGUCUCGAUUCUCGUGUCCUGUGCAGGUUUUUUUGGAUGGGCAAUGGUCGGUGAGGUCGUCCACCGAGCUUGUUCCUGGGGACCUUGUGAACAUCAUGGCCGAGAACUUGACCACGUUUCCUGCGGACUUCUUCCUCCUCUCAGGCGACGCUAUCGUGAACGAGUCAAUGCUAACUGGCGAGAGUGUCCCAAUUGGAAAGGUUCCUAUUAAAGAUCAGGAUCUUCUUCACUGGAGGGAGGGUGGCGAAGUUGCUGCUGACUUAGCUAAAGGAUUUUUGUACACUGGGACCAGAGUCGUCAGAGCACGCGGUGUUAUGUCUGGGCCGGAGGGAGAACAAGCCUUGGCUGUCGUUGCGCGCACCGGUUAUAACACAACGAAAGGGUCGCUCAUCAGGUCCAUGCUCUUUCCCAAGCCGAUGGACUUUGAAUUCUACCGUGAUUCCUUGCGGUUUAUUGCGUUUCUCGCUUGCAUCGCUGCCCUCGGUUUUCUAGCCAGCACCAUACAAUUCAUCAAACUGGGCGUCAAAUGGCACACCAUGAUCUUGCGUGCUUUAGAUCUAAUAACUGUCGUAGUUCCACCUGCUCUUCCCGCCACUCUAUCCAUUGGUACGAGUUUCGCUGUGGGCCGCUUGCGAAAAUUAGGAAUCUUCUGUAUAUCCCCUAACAGAGUCAAUGUCGCGGGGAAGAUCAAUGUGGCGUGCUUCGAUAAGACUGGCACGCUGACGGAAGACGGCCUGGAUAUCCUGGGUGUGCGCUCCGCAGAUCGUACAGGGGAUAUGUUUGGCGAGCUCCUGACCGACAUUAAUGACUUACCAACCAGCAGCAACACUGGGAAAACCAAUUUCCUUCACGCACUAGCAACUUGUCAUUCCCUCAAAGUCAUCGAUGGGGUCAUCAUGGGGGAUCCUCUCGACGUGAAAAUGUUCGAGUUCGCAUCUUGGACUAUUGAAGAAGGGAAGCUCGGCGCAAGCAAAUCUAGUGGCAAUGAUACUCGUCCUCGUCCAGCCGCGCUCGUCCAGGCUAUUGUUCGACCUCCGGGUAGUGCAGAAUUUCGCUUGGAGGAUGCACUGAGGGCCGGGGCUCGACACGCGCACUUCUUGGAACUGGGCGUUAUCCGCAUUUUUGAUUUUGUUUCCUCACUCCGCCGUAUGAGUGUGAUCGUCAAGCGAUUAAAGAGUACGAGUAUGGAGAUAUACGUGAAGGGCGCCCCUGAGGUGAUGAGCGAAAUUUGCGACCCUGUGACCUUUCCCCGCGAUUAUGAUGAUCUCCUCAACUAUUACACGAAGAAUGGGUACCGUGUCAUUGCCAUGGCUGGCAAAACUGUUGAGGGCUUGUCAUGGCUCAAGGCCCAACGUAUGAAACGUGAGCAGGCAGAAGCGGGUCUUCAUUUCCUGGGCCUCAUCAUCUUCGAGAACAAGCUUAAGCCCGGAACAGCGCCAGCUAUCCAGACCCUUCGCGGCGCACAUAUUGCUAUACGCAUGGCAACUGGUGACAACCACAGAACGGCCAUCAGCGUUGCACGCGAAUGCGGAAUCAUCAGCCAAUCGACACAUGUGUUCUUCCCGACAUUCAUCAGUGCUGGAGAUGCCCAGACACCUGAUGCCAUGCUAAUGUGGUCGAAUGUGGAUGAUGAGGUGCUCAAACUGGACAGCUAUAGUUUAAAACCGCUGCCACCACCGCAUGACGCCGUUAAUGCUGAUUCAAUCGAGUAUCAAGACUAUACAUUAGCCAUUCCUGGAGAUGUGUUUCGCUGGAUGAUCAACAAUGCACCUCUUGAGACUCUGCAAAGAAUGUUCGUCAAAGCCCAGAUAUUCGCACGUAUGUCUCCGGACGAGAAACACGAAUUGGUCAGUCGGUUGCAAUCACUUGGGUACACCGUCGCGUUUUGCGGCGAUGGUGCAAAUGAUUGCGGCGCACUGAAGGCAGCCGAUGUUGGUCUCUCCUUAUCUGAGGCUGAAGCCUCUGUUGCUGCUCCCUUCACUAGUCAGACUCCAGACAUCACUUGCGUCCUUGAGGUUAUCAAAGAGGGUCGUGCCGCCUUGGUAACUAGCUUCAGCUGUUUCAAGUAUAUGGCACUUUACUCUCUCAUUCAAUUCACAACGAUUACUCUGUUAUACUCGUUUGCAUCCUCUUUGGGGGACUUCCAGUUUCUCUACAUAGACCUUUUCAUCAUCAUCCCCAUUGCGGUAACCAUGGGAAGGACGCACCCGUUUCCUCGAAUUCACCCUCAAGCCCCGACUGCAUCGUUGAUAUCAAAGAAGGUGCUUUCGAGCAUCAUAGGCCAGCUCCUCGUCACAAGUUGUUUUCAAUUAUGGGUUUUCUUCUGGGUUCGAUCCCAACCAUGGUAUUCACCCCCAAUCCCUGACACAAGCAACGAUAGUCUGGAGACACUCAACUACGAGAAUACUGUGCUGUUCUUGCUCUCAUCCUUCCAGUACAUUCUCGUCGCGGCAGUCUUCAGCAUUGGUCCACCUUAUCGACUUCCUAUGCAGACGAAUGCACUCUUGAUGAUCUCGAUUGCUUUACUAACAGCUUUCAGUACGCUCAUUUUGUUAGCGCCACCCAAGUUCUUCGCCUCUGUCCUGGAGAUUAUGCUCAUUCCGUUACCCGCCCGGAUUGCUAUUCUGAUCGCAGUCGUUACCAACACUGGAUUAUGUUCUGCAUUCGAGAGUUGGGCUCCUUUGGCGAAACUUGUUGCAUGGGCAUCCUCUCAGACAAGGAAUCGACGGAAGAGAGCCAUUCGGGAUGGAAAACUCUACAAAGCGGUUGAAGGGGGAUGAGAUAACACACUUUACUAUUACAUCAUCAUUAUUACUUUUACCUUUAUAUUGCAUUGCCAUAUUAGUUAUGCAUUGUUUUAUCUCCGUCGUCCUCGCGACUAGUGAUGUAGGUUUAACACAAAAGCGGCAACAAGGUGUCUUGGAAACUUGCCGGACCGUUCAUCAGGGCGGCGAGGUUGAAGGUUUUGCUUGGCCGCUGGUUUCCCUUCCUUUACUUUUCUCCCAAGCAAGCCUUGACGCUCUUUCGUCUGCCUGCAGGAACAGGAAGCGCCGGGCGCCAUUAUGCACAUCUCUGUCUUCUCCCUUACUCGCCUGUUUACCUUGUGUUUCUCGAUUUUGAUCUUUGUGCCGGCCGCGUACGCUGCGCCUCAUCUCGUGAGCAUUUCUGAGCUCAUCCCUCGCCAGGACGGACCGACGACAUUCCAGACGAC